UUGUUGAGUAUUGUUUCUGCCUUGUUUCCGUGUAUUUCCAUUUGUUCCUUGUUCUGCCUAGCCUGUGUUUUUGAGCCUGGACUGAUUCCUUGUAUGGACUGAUUCAUUUGACCCUGGACUGAUUUGUUUGCUGCCUGUCUUGACCUCUGCCUGUGUUUUGGAUUACUCUUUUACCUUGCCCUCUUGAAUCUGUUUGCUGGUGUUUGACCAUCUGCCUGUGCGACUACGCUCUUCCUGUUUUAUUAAAGCCUGCAUUUGGAUCUCCAACUCCGUUGUCCCGUUCUCUACAUUACAGAAGCAAAGCAUUUUAUUUUAGCAAGACUGGAAAGACCAGCAAGACCAGCCACGAAUUCCAAACAUUAGUUCAAGGCUCAAUCUGUGAUUUAUAGUUAAGGCUAUAACCCUCAACAAUGAGAUCAUACACAAACUACAUGAGCUAAAGUGCGGGGAUUGAUUUAUUGACAGAAUGCUGACUCUUGUGUUUAUUUUGUCUUAUUUGACAGCUGUUAAAGCAGGUUCUCACUCAUUGAUGGUUUUCGCCACAUAUAUAGCUGGACAGACACAGUUUCCUGAAUUCACUGUUGUGCUGAUGUUAGAUGAUGUGCAAGUGAUGUAUUAUGACUCAAUAUCAUUGAAAAAUGUUCACCGAAGUCAAAGUAAUUCAAAUGAGGACAAUGCUGGUAAAAUAUUCAGUGAUAUUUAUGACAUCAUGAAAGAUCGAACAUUUUAUCUUAAGGACCACCAAAAUUGCACAGAUGGUUUACAUGUUUAUCAGAAACGUGUGGGAUGUGAAUUGCUUGACAAUGAUCAGCCAGGUUUAUUUCUUUCAUGGGAUGCUUUCAAUGGACAAAGUACUGAAGACUUCACCUUUGAUGUGGUAAACAGAACUAUGCAAAUUAAUUUACCAUGGAUGAGAAUAAAAGGCAUGGGUCAGAUGGAAUGGCUUCAUGUGAAGUUUCUGUAUGAACAUGUUUAUCAUCCUGUUUGCAUGAAAACUUUGAGGACAUUCCUGGAAAAAGAAAAGAACACUGUGAUGCGAAAAGUGAAACCAAGAGUCAGAAUCCUUAAGAAGAAACUCCCAGACUCUCAAGGGCUUCAGAUCAGUUGUCUGGCCACUGGUUUUUACCCCCGUCACAUUAACCUGACUCUGUUCAGAGAUGAUCAGCCUGUGGAUGAUGAUCAGAUCACAGGAGGAGAGAUUCUGCCCAACGGAGACGGAACUUACCAGAUGAGGAAGAGUUUGGUGAUCAAUGCAGAAGAACAACGUAAAAGACACAAAUACAACUGCACAGCAAACUACCUCAACCUGGACAACAAACUGGACAUUAUGUUUGAUGAUAAUCUGGAAAAAUCGGACUUUGGUUCCUCUGCUCUGUCUGUAGUUAUCAGUGUCCUGUUGGCCAUUGUGUGUGUGGCCAUUCUCAUAAUAACUGCACUCAUCAUAUGGUGGAAGAGAUGUUCUGCUGGAUCAGGUUCCAGUACUUCACAUCAAAAUGAAUACUCACCCGCUUCAUCUUCAGAGCAAGAAACAACAUGAAACAUAAGCCCAUUUAUGGCCGCAAAUUACAGUAUCACUGUAGAAUUAAGUAUUUCCUGCUAUUAACCAUUUAGGACUUACUUGAAAUUGUGGGUUAUGCUUUGACGGCAACCAUCCCAAUGUUUUAGUAAAAUCCCAGACAAUGUAAUAUUAUACAAUACGGAAAGGCUUUUUGAUAUAUCAAUAACUGCAUUGUACAUGUCUAGUGAAUUUCGUUCAUAUUUUUUUUUUUUCUUCAUUAAAAGCUUAUACUUGUUACAUAUAUUUUGUUGGUUUCAAUAACACUUUAAGGUGAAAAAAGAUAUGACAUUAUUUUUCUUGUAUUCAUUUUGUACAUCUCAAAAACCUGUCAUUAUAACAGGGUGUGUAAAUGUUUUAGCCACCAUAUUUGUAGACAUAAAUUAAGCAUAACUAACUAAUGCCAAUAUAGAGAUGAAAUUUUCCUUAAAAUCAUAUUGAUUUAAUAUGUUUUCAAGGGAUGACCAGUGGACCGUUAUUAACAUUUUCCUCUGCCUUUACCUCCAACUAUUUCUACUGUAUUGAUUAUUCCUUCAAUAAGAAAUGAUGAUAUUAUUACCCUUUUGGUCUGCCUUUUCAUUCUUGCUAAUGACAUAUUGUGUCUUACUCUAGGCUCUAAAUGAUCUGGAAGGCAAUCACAGCACAUUUUAAUAAUUACAUUUAAUUUGAGGUAUUCUCUUUUUUGUGGUUUCCUUGUUUUUAUUCUCUUGCUAUGACCAACAACUGUCAAUAUAUUUUUUAUAAUAUUAAAAUCAUAAUAUUUCCUGUUAAAAUUUGGCAAUCAUUAUGUGUCUUAAUGGGAAACCUAUUUCACUAUCACCAUUUGCAUCCUGCUUUUCACUGCAAAAGGGCUUUGAAACUUUAAUCAGCAUUUCUUUAACUUUCAUCUCUCCUAUAUUUACCUGACCAAUUAUGAAAUUUUGUAUUGGAGCACUUCUCAUGUUACAGCCUCCACUACAUGAAUUGCUUAUGUUCUAUUUUUCCUUUUUUGUAAGUUGCUUAAAAAAAAGCAUCUGAUAAAUGAAUAAAUGUAAAUGCAUGGAUAACCUGUAGCUUUAAA